UCAUGGUGAAGGUGACAGAGCACUGGAACAGGCUGCCCAGGGAGGUUGUGGAAUAUCUCCUUCUCUGGAGAUAUUCAAGGACUGUCUGGCCGCCUACUUUGGCAGCCGGCUCUAAGGAACCUGCUUUGGCAGGGGGGUUGGACCCAAUGAUCUCUCGAGGUCCCUUGCAACCUUUUCAAUUCUGUGAUUCUGUGAUUCUGAAUAACAUCAUCUUCAUAAGACUGAAUCUUCAAGGCUGCGGUUGAUGCCUUGAAACUCUGAUCUCAUUUGAGAAUACAUAUCAUACACAUCAAAAGUGACCCAAAAGAAUACAAUACCAGAGAGAAAAAAUUCCCUUGAGGAGCAAGUUUGUCUUUCAAAGCUUUCAAAACAUUCAAAGCCAUUUUGUUUUGUUUUGCUUUAGAACAUAUUUGAACAUGUUUAAUUAAUUUCCUUGACUAAUCACAUUAGAUGAUUAUCUUGUCCUUAAUAGUGUCAGGGCUCAGAACUCUGAGGGCUAUGUCAAAGUUCAAGUGAUAGUUCAAGCAUUGGGAGUCCCAGAGCACAGUACUCUCUUGCUCUGAGUAGUACUUGCUCCCUCAAGUGGUUUCUUGGGUCAGUAGGAACAGUCACAUGCAUACUCAGUUUGAAAACUAGUUGCACAAUUGGGACCAGAAAGUUAAGAAAAUAAAUGGGGAGUAAUUUGGUUUUGUGUGUGUGUGUCUUUCAUUCAAUUUCACCAAGAAUAGGUAUCCUGCAGCUACCAAAUUUGAUAGCAAGUGUCACGCAGUACUUUCUUUUAGGGCGUAAAGCAAAUGUUUAUUGUACUAAAUACAACAUGCUUGACUAGGUGUACAACACAGGAACCAACAUGUUGAUUUCAAUUUGUUCUGCAUAUCAGUGGAGGGUCUAAUCCUUUCACAACGCUAUCUAGCCACAACCAUUUUUUCAUUAAUCAUUACGUUUCAAUGGGGAACACUGAAGGGUGUUUUCUCAGAUUAUACUGAAGUAAAAGGCUAACGUCAUGGUCUGUUUAUCUUCAUACUUAACAUAGUAUAAUUAUUUUAUAUUUUUUUCAUUCAGCUAGGACUCGUACCUUGACUUUUGUAAACAUUGGCAGUUCUGUUUUCAUUGUUAAGGAUGUUGACUUAACAAAGUAUAAAAUAGGAAUCUGGGUACGUGAGAGCAGCAUAUUUAAAGUCCUGCUUCCUUUUCUCCUGCUGCUCAUAUUCAGCAGACCAAUAUUCAACUGACUACUUGCAGUAAAAUAUCAGAACAUUUGAAAUAAAGUAAAUGCUAUACUUCAUGCUGCUAUAAUGACUGAAGACCUUUCUCAAAACAAUGAAGGAAGUCCAUCCAUACAUACUGUAGGAGAAGAAAGAAAAGUGGUUCAGAGGAUUCCACCACGAAUUUCCAGCUCUCAUAUAUGCACCAAAAAUGGUCUUUCUGUACAAGUGGAUGAAGGAAGAUUUCUGGAAAAACCGCCCCUGUCUUACAUAGCCUUAAUUGCAAAGGCAAUUCUUUCCUCCCCUACAAAUAAAUUGAAUUUAGCUGCUAUCUACAAAUACAUUGAAGAUAACUUUCCUUUCUACAGGAACAAAAGUCAAGGCUGGAGAAACAGUGUAAGGCACAACCUUUCACUAAAUGAUUGUUUCAUCAAAGUGGGGAGAUGUGAGGAUGGCAAGGGAAACUACUGGAGUAUUCACCCAUCAAACUUAAAUGACUUUGUUCAUGGGGACUUCAGGCAACAUCGACGGUCACGAAAGCGAGGACGUCAAAAGGAGCUAGAGCAUUGCCUUACUGUGAAUAAUUUCAUGCCAUGGGGACAUUAUCCCUCCUACCCAGCACCAAGUUUGUUUUACCAAACACAUUAUUUUCUGGAUCCUCUGUGGAAAAUAUUGUAUGCUGACAGACUGCAGUUUAUGCCAGAAUACCAAAAAUGGAAUGCAAACAGUGAUUUAAUCAUGGGGAAGUUUUUACCUCCACUACAGCCUAAUAAACGACAGAGCAUUUCUGUGGACUGGUUUUAUGGAUCUCCUUCUACUUCAGCAAUGCAGCAGAAUAUUUUCCUAAAUAUUCAACAGGCAUUGCCUAAUUCUGUUUUCUUCUCUUCUUAGAAGCUGCAGCGAAGUUAAGCAUUCAGAUACAUCUGUAAGUACUAGAAAGUACUUGAAGUGCAGUAACUUCAUGGGCAGCUUUGUUUGGGACCCUGUCAAGAUACAAUAUAUUAAUAUAUAUUGCACAGUUUUGAAUGUUUGUAUAUGUUUGAAGACAGCAAAUGUGCUUACUCAGUCAUGUAAGCCAGUGAUUACCAAUGAUUGCUACCUAAGAGUAUUAGCUUUGAAACGAUAGCAAUUAAUACUGGUUUUAAUAAUUCUACUAGUCAAUGACAGUGCAUAGAUUAUGAAGUAUGAGUAAAUCCAUUAGCACUAAUUGCCCAAUAAAAUUAUUUUUAAAUUGUCCUGUAUUAAUCAUAUUGUUGUAUACUGCAGCUCUAUUAGUUUCAAAUUAGAUUGUAUGCAUGCAUAUGUAUAACUAUAUGCUCAAACAUGCACACCCAUACAUUACAUUUAUAUCGUAUCGAAUAGGAAGCAUUAAUACUUUUUUCCUUUGUCGGUUGUGAAUGUCUUGGAAAUGCUACCUGUAACCUAUCACACUGUUGGAAAUACUAAGUGAGUUAUUCUUCUGAUCUUUUAAUUUUAUACAUUGUCUGGGACUCACUUGGCACUAUUAUUUCCAACAUAUUGUAUUGAUCCAAGAAUCAUUGUACAUUUAUAUAUUUUUAUCAAUUAAAUGUAUACUUGCUUCUUUUUGAAUAAAUGUUCAGAUCAAUAAAUAUUUCAAGUGAAAUAGGAUUGCAAUAUUAUUUUUAAUAUGUAUUUAAGUUCAAGUCUGGUUCUCAAAUGCAUGGCCACAUGUCAAUUAACCUGCUUAAAUGAUUAGUUAAUGACAGCAUGACUAAUUACUACUUUGCCCAUUAGUUGGGUACAAUCCAUUUAAGAAAUUUUCACUCUUCGGAUAAUGUCAACUAUGUGAAAUUGCUCAAGUUUAUAUCUAUGCUUUUAGUUUACAUAGUCAUAUAUACUGACUUGGGUGCUUACAUAGUUGUAGAGUAUAUGAUGAUAUAAAGCACUCACUUAAAUAUAUUUGUUUUAUGUAUAUAUCUACCCAGCAACCUCAUUGUAACAACAAAAUUAUAUUAAACUGGACAUUUUAAAGCACAGAAAGUAGUUUUAUACUUAAGGCUGCUUGAGAUGCAUGUUGAAAGGAUUUAUCCUAUAUUAUAUGGAAGUUCACUACUUUGAUUAAAGGUGCUUCUAGUUUUAUGGAUGGUUAUUUUAUUUUCAGUUGCUUAACAUAUAGCUGUACUUUAAAACAUUUGCCUUCAGCUGAUUUUGUUUCUGUUUCCUUUUUUCUUUAUUUCCUUUUCUAAAUUUCAUCUGAAAUGUUUCAACUCUUUGAGAACUACAUGGGCAAUGAGAGUGGAAAUGAGCAGACUCAUGGGCAUGUAUUAUAGGAGCAGCACAGAAAAUUUGCUAAUGGAGAACUUUUUAAUCAGGAAAGUAUAGCAAUCAUUCCAGUGAAAAUAUCCAGCUUUUGCUAAGUUAUAAACUUUCAGAAAAUCUUGCUUUGAAAUAUUUGUUCACUGAAAAUGUGAAUUUGAGUAGUAAAUCUCUAAAAACUCUGUUGUGAGGAUGUCAUGCAGAGCCCUAACAUGUGUACAAAACUUGAGACUUGGAAAAUGACUGGAGAAGGUGGAGUUCAGGGGUGGCCAGCUAGCAAGACUGGACUGAGGAAAGGAAGGAAAUAACUGGUGUUGAGACAAUGAGCCUAGAUUCACUGAGCAGGGAGGCAGGACCUCUGAGAAGUCUGAGGAAUACAAACUGUGAAUGCCAGGCAAUUUUAAUCAGAUGAAAAUGAAAGCUAGUGAUAAGAAAAGUCAGGGCAGGUUUAAGGAGUAGCAGGUGAAAAGUCUCUGCCUACUAGUUCAUAUGCUAGGGUGCCUGGGAUGGAAUGUAAUACUUAAUUCUUUAGCUGUCAGCAAAUUACUUUAAAAUUACACAAGACAACAAGCUACUCCUGUUCUCACUUGCUCCAUUAGCUCACUUGGCAAAAGCUUGUGAAGUGCACCUGAGGAUAUUCCUAGAAGGACACAAUGCCAUUUAACUUAAUUUUCCAUGCUAAACAACAGUUGGAGGAGAGGAAUGAGCAUAUACAGUAGUAAUUUGCUUUGAGCUAAUGUGGCCUGUUGCUUAACAGGACAUCCUUUAAGCUUAGAAUAACCUUAUUAGUUUGUUUUGGAAAAAGAACUGCAUUUUACCACAUUAGUGAUGGUGAUGGAACUGAAGCAUGUAUUAAACCAUACACAUGCUUCCAGAUCUGUGCCCUAGUUUCCUGUGGAAAUGCAAUACAAGGAAUUUACGUGCAAACAUUCUUCUGCCUAGAUGCUCAGAUCUUAUUUGAAAAUCACUUUGAAAUAGUUUUCAUACCAUUAGUAGUACACAUACCGUAGCCUGGGAACUCCCAUCUUAGA